GCUCUUCAGAAAGUCGAAGCGCAGAGCAGAUGAGGAGACGCAGUUAAGGGGGAGGCAGGACUCGUUCGCACAGCCCUGCAGUCUCACUUAAUCUGUAUGUUUCCGAAAAGACUGUGCGGCCAGUCUUUUGUUCCGCUCUGCAACUCCGACUGCACGACUGAAUAUCGGUAAAAAGAAAAGAAACAAUUCUGGGAGGAAGAACUUGAGAGCACCAUGGAACUGCUCUGCCUGGAGAUGGACACUGUCAUAAGAGCCCAUCCCGACCCGAACAUCCUGCACGAUGACAGGGUUCUACAGAGCCUGCUGACCAUCGAGGAAAGGUUCAUACCGCAGUUUUCUUAUUUCAAAUGCGUCCAGAAGGACAUUCAGCCCUAUAUGAGGCGGAUGGUCGCCACAUGGAUGCUGGAGGUCUGCGAGGAGCAGAAGUGCGAAGAAGAGGUCUUCCCCCUGGCUAUGAACUACCUGGACAGGUACCUGUCCGUGGUGCCCACAAAGAAGUGCCAUCUGCAGCUGCUGGGGGCCGUGUGCAUGUUCCUCGCGUCCAAGCUGAAGGAAACGCGUCCGCUGACGGCUGAGAAGCUGUGCAUCUACUCCGAUAACUCCAUCAGACUGCAGGAGCUUCUGGAGUGGGAGCUGGUUGUUCUUGGAAAGUUGAAGUGGAACCUGGCAGCAGUCACCCCCAACGACUUCAUCGAGCACAUUGUCCGAAAGCUUCCCCUGCCUAUGGAGAAGGUGGCACUGGUCCGCAAGCACGCACAGACCUUCAUCGCCUUGUGCGCCACAGAGUUCAACUUUGCGCUGUACCCACCAUCCAUGAUUGCUACUGGCAGUGUGGGGGCAGCCAUAUGUGGACUUCAGCUGGACAGUGGUGACCAGAGCUUGCUGGGGGACAAUCUAAGUGACCUGCUGGCCAAGAUCACCAAUACAGAAGUGGACUGCCUGAAAGAGUGCCAAGAGCAGAUCGAGCAGGUCCUCUUGAAGAGUUUGCAGGAAGGUCGGCGGCGGCAACAGCCACAGCAACACCACCAGGAGCAGGAGGGUCGACCUGGCGGUCACAAGGGCUUGGAGGAGCAGGACCAAUCCAGCACACCCACAGACGUCAGAGACGUCAAUCUCCAGUGAGCCCUGUGCGAUGGCCACAUGGGCUAACCACCACACCCCAGAAAAAACAACAAAAAAAACAAGGAAAAAACAAACAGCCACAAAAAGUGCUUGAUUGUACUUUCUAUUUUCUUCUACAAAACGUGCUCCCAUGUGUACUUAUAUUUUACAAAAUACAAGCUAUUUUAGAUAUGAAAUACAUGUUUUUAAAGGUUUCAAAUUAAAACAAAAAUAUCUAUUGUGCCUCAAAAAUAUAGAAGGGAAGCCAGUCUUAUUUUGCAUACUCUUUUUAUAUGCAUAAGUUAAAUUAUAUUUGAUAAGAAAUUUAUGAUGAAGAGCUUGUGAAAAGAUUUGAAUAUAGUGGCACACGCAACCCCUGGACCUGUGUACAAGGUAUAGGAUCAGUGUAGGGGAUACUUUGUGUUUUAUCUUGUUUUUUGUGAGGGUCAUGUGUGCCUAGGAUUAAGGCAGCGCAUGCUUUGCGAGUGAGGGCUUACGGGCCGAGCUGGGCGGGUGCGCAGCUGGACUGAAAACUGCCAAGCAACACUCAGUAAGCAGAGGGGGGGAACCCCACAUCUGGGAUCCACCAUGUAUGAACCUAUUUAGUCUAUUAUUAUUCAUAAGAUGAUGAUGAUUAUUAUUAUUAUUAUAUUUUAAUUUUACAUUUCAUUAUAUUUUUAUGGCUAUAUCUGCCGCUCUGAAUGCUUUUUGCCUGAUAUUAGCUUGUGUAAUACGUCCGUCCUUUAGUUUGACGUGUGCACAUGUGCUUGGGAGUCUGUCUCAUGCUGGGCAGUGCCUGGCUGGAUGGCACUGAGCGAGAGGAAAGGGGUUUAAGAUGUUCCCAUAACCUGCUUGUCACUGCCUGGAACCCAUAGGUUACCAUGCAAUAUUGACAUUCAUGUAUAGUGUAUUUUUAUUUUAAUAUGUUGUUUGGUUCACUUUAUUUUGUAAUUUUAUGAGAGGACCCUGUGGGUGCUUUUAGUUAACGGAAGGGGGCGUUAGCAUAAUAGUAGAUUGAGAAUGUAGGUGUGUUUCUGUGAGAGCAGGUAGCCCUAGAGGGAAGCCGAGUAGUGUGGAUGGAUGAACUGCUGGGUUAGCCAGAAAGUUGGGUCGGAAGAGGCUGUGUAGGACAGGAGCAGGUAGGGUGAGUUUCUAAGCAGCAAGAGAUGUGAAGGCUGGGCAGGGAGUAACACAUAGAAAGACAUUUUGGCUGACCUGUUGCCAAGCUAACUUAAACGUUCCCAGAAAUAAAAAAAUGACUCACAGAAAGGUUAUCCCAGACUUACUGUCCAGUUAAUUCCGCAGACC